AUGGAUAAAAUACGUUUCCUUUUGUGUCUAUUUGCUGGACUUCAAGUCAAUGGACAAGAACGCUGGCAAAAUGAGUACGACCAUGUUUUAUCUUUUGCCUGUCCUUCAUUAUCCUCAAUCUCUAAGAUAGUCAGCAAACAUGACAACCACCAUGAAGAUCGUAUCUGGGAUUUCAGUUGCAAAGACACCUUUGAGUCCUCUCCACAAUGUUUCUGGUCUCCGUAUGCUAAUUAUUUUGAUGAAUACUUAUCAUAUAGCUGUCCAGACAAUUAUGUAAUGUCAGGAAUGGAAAGCUACCAUGAAAACAAGCAUGAGGAUCGAAGAUGGAAAUUCUAUUGCUGCCGAGACUACAAGUACUGUAAUUCUCACUGCCAGUGGACACCACAUGUGAACAACUUUGAUGAGGAAUUCACUUGGUAUGUUCCACACAUGAACUACCUUGUUGGAGUUUCAAGCUACCAUGAAAAUAAGCAUGAAGAUCGCCGUUGGCAGUAUAUGUACUGCUCAAGACAGCCAUGCUGAUUCCAUGCUGGAAAAAUGAGUACUAUCAACAUCUGAAAUAGUGCAAUUAAUAAGA